GUCGUAAAAGAGAUAUUGUUUUUGUUUCUUCUACUAAUACAAAAAAUUGCGCAGGAAAAUUGGCAUUCAAUGCGGAUCAAACCUUCCUUUCGUUCAAAAUUCACUUUAUGUCACAGGUCUUCCACCAUAAAAGCUACGAACGAAACAAUCGUAACUCUUCAUCGCUAUUCAGAAACUCCAUACUCUUCAACAAUCCUCAAUUCAUAUUUACUUAGCUGAAAGUAUUGAUUUUAUUAUUCAGUAAAUAUAUCAUAUUCGCUAUUUACGACAGUAUAGGGUAAAUUCAUUCUCAGAAUGCUUUGGAAAAGAUUACCGAGAACAUUUCCUUCUUUGAAGUCAAGGUUUCAAUCACCAAUAUAUCGAUCUAUCGGAACGAUUGAGGCUACCUCUGUUGCUCCUAAGACAAACAAAUUUAUCGUUGGACUUUUGACUGCAGUCCCAGUUAUUUGUUUUGGGUUAGGCACUUGGCAGGUAAAACGCCGUGAAUGGAAAGUGGGCAUUAUUGAUACUCUAACUAGCAAAUUAAAACAAGAUGCUAUACCACUUCCCGCUAAUUUAGAUGAAAAAGAAAUCCAAGCGAAAGAAUGGACGAAAAUUGCUCUGAAAGGUACAUUCUGUAAUGACCAGGAAAUGCUUGUUGGCCCAAGGACGAAGGAUGGAAGUCCCGGAUAUCACGUAGUGACCCCAUUUGUUCUGGAGGAUGGUCGUCGUGUUUUGGUUAACCGGGGUUGGAUAUCCAAAUCUUUAGGUGAUCCUUCUCUUCGAGACAGCGCUGCCAUACCUACCAACACAGUACAAAUUGAGGGACUGUUGAGAAAACAUACUGAAAAACCAAAGCUCAUGGUGAACAAUGACCCAUCAACAGGUUCCUUUUUCUUUUUGGAUGUUCACGAAUUUGCUAAUCUUAAGAAUACCCUUCCUAUUUUGAUUACACAGUUAGGAUCCGAACUCCCUCCUUUUGAAGAAGCUGAUCUAGUCCGAAAGGGCAUCCCUUUGGGCCAUCCCCAUCAUGUCGAAAUCUUUAACCGACACACGGAAUACAUUAUUACUUGGUAUUCUUUGAGUUUGUUGUCUGCCAUCAUGCUUUACAUCUAUUUCCGAAGAGGAUCUGGCACUGUCUCUUUAACAUCUGCUUAUGAAAGGAGUAAAGUUCGUGUUUAGGUGAAACCCAAUUUUUUAUUUAUUAUGGAAAAUUUAAAAUUUUACAAAUCUCGAAAGUUUCCCGACAGCAUCUCCUGUCUGGGUAAAUGAAUCUAUCAUACUCUCCAUAACUUGCUUGGCAAAUUUCUGGUCAAAAGGUACCUAAAAUAGAAAAAGAUUAGUUACUUAUAAUUUAGAAAAAAAUAAAACAAACCUGUUGUAAAGAGGACUUAUUAAGCCAGGAAUGACUGAACAAUUCAGAAACAAUUUUUCGAGCGUUUUUCUUUUUAUACUUUGACACAACAGAAAUACUACCGAGUUUCGAAGUAAUCAGAUUUUUUAAAGCUUGAUAUUCUCUCAAAAAUUCCUUUUUCUUGGAAGAAGAAACAUGGUAAACGAAGCUGUUGAGGCAGAUUAUUAAAUCAUUCAAAAUCUAUCGGCGGUUAGUUUUCCUUACUAUCAAUAAAUUUACAUACUUCCGUCUGUUUCGUAAUUACACUAAGAGAAGUGCUGUUUUCGUAUUCUAAAGAUUGGACUAACGCGGAAAUUUCCUCCAAUUUCAGUUUAUCAUAGUUAUCGGAAGUAAUGGUCAAGCCCAAAUUACCAAGUAGGAUCAAGAUAUUAACAUGUUUGACUUCUUCUAAGGUUAAUUGUUCUUGCAAAUUAUUGCGAUCGCAAAUAGACUCCAUUUCCUGAACAUGAGAUCUUGCAACUUCCCAUCUUCCAUUCACAAUGUCCUCUUGAACAAGCAUGUGUCCCAGAACAAAUAAGUGCACCCAAGCGGUGGAUGGAUGUGGGGCAUUUCUCAGUAUAUGUUCAGCAGUGGGGAAUUUAGGAGAUGCAUAGUUGACGAAGACGUCUAAAUCUCGAUUAUCUUUGGGAUUUGAGCAUUUUGGUAGGUAUUGGGCAGGGGCCUUGUAAUUAUUUAAGUAAUGACAUCUAGCUCGCUCUAUCAACACGACACUCUUCCACAUACUAUGGUCCAAACGUGAACGGAAUUCACGCAUAUUCUCAAUUUGCGAAUAAGCUUCCUCUUCGUAUGCAUUGCAAAUCAUUUCAGGAGUUUCAUAUUCAUUUGAAGCAUAAAUCCGUACACUUGCAUUUAAAUAUUGGGCAGCCAAGGUCGAAGGGAAGUGUGUGGUUGCUCUCGUCAAGAGAUAGUGAUCCAUAGUAUCAUUUUGGACUUGUUUAAUAGACAUAGUGUCAUAAAUCUUGCAAGCAGCAGGAAAUCCACCGUCCAGGAGCAAAUACAAACGAAUCAAAGGAAGCUUCAAAUUGAAGUUAUGAAGGUUGCUAGUGAGACCUUUCUCUAACAAACAGAUAGCAUCAAAAAUAAGCCCUUGACUUACUUCACUUGACAAAGAUGUAUACUCCUUGAAAUACAUGAGCGCAUGAACAGCCAAUAGUAAAGCCUCAUAUCCGUGAGUAAAAUCGGUAGGCAAUAUAUUAUCACUCAAAGACAAGCCUUCUUGGUAAACACUGAAGCAAUUUUGCAAAAAGUCGGUUAUGUUUUCUUGAGUAAAAGACUCAAAGCAGAAAAACUGAAUUUUAAGACGCAGAACCUUAGCAACUAGCUUGUCGAUUUUUUGAGACUAAGAAUUAGUUAGAGCUAACCUGCAUAUACAAAAUUAGUUACUUACCUUAUUAGUUUCGGG